UUUCGAUUUUCUGGUUCUCUCUCGGCAAUUCGUCGAGUGCGGCGCGUUCGUGCGCGCCGACGUGGCAGCAGUCGGGAUGGCCACGUCAGAUAGCCCGGCGGGAAGAGUCGUCUCGUCCCCUCCACCGAGCGGGGGCGCAAAAAAUGCGCGCCUAAUUCCGCUCCCAGUCAUUGCUGCAGCGGCCAUAGGUUUCGUCAUCCUCGGGUUUUUCGGCGGGAGAAGGCGAGCACUGUGCGACGUUGACUCCGCGGUUGUUGAUCCCGCCGCACUGAGGGACGUUGACUCCGCGGCACCGUGCGACGGUGUGACCGAGCUGCAAGCGCAGCACGGCAACGAUUAUCCUCAGCGCACAAGCGCUUUGGCAGAUGAAUGGCGCGCUUUGACUGCAAGCGGGGGUCAUCUUUCCGCUCUUCUGAGAGGGGUUAAUCCGAUGCUGCCGUGUGUAUCUGCAUGGAAGCUGAGGUGGUGGCACAGACACAGACGAGGUAGGAAGACUGGGGGAGGAAGUGGACGGCACCCGGUACUGGGCAACAGGCGUUCAAGUGAGUCCAGUGCUGCGUCGGGUGAGGGAGGGGGAGGCAGACAUGGAGGACGUCCUGCCUCCCUGGCUGAGUUGCGGGCUGCUCGAGCCUCUGCUGCUGAGAGUCGAAUGAAAAACGGAGGAAUGGGCGGGAGGAGCGUUGGCGCUGCCAGCCUGACACCAUUGGGCUGUGCAAUAGUAGUCUGUAGAAAGGUUGAUGGGCUUGAAGAUGACGCCACCAAGUUGAUUGCAUGCGUGAAGGACAAGGGUUUCAUGGAUGAUAAGAUGAAGAAGGACCAGGCGAUGCUGAUUGAACUUCUCAUGCAAGCUCAGCUCGAGCUUGAUGGUAUCAAGGGAGAUGAGAGCGUCAGGCCGUUACGGAAGGUGCAGACAAAGAGGAUGCAUGAGGUCAUACAGGAGCUUGAGAAGCUGAGUGACAUCAGCCCGGACCCUCCCAAAGGAGGAGGAGACAAGGCAUCCUCGACAGACACGCGACCACCAUCCUGAAUAACUUGAGUAAGCGUGUUUCAAAUUUUUCAACACAGGCGGAAGUAGCGAUGUUAUCGGCUUUGUCUCGGAGCGAGCCAGUGGUGUGUGUGUCUGCCCCCUGUGGCGAAGUGUGACUGAAGAUGGCCAUCCCCCUCCCGUCUGUCCUGAAACAAGCGGCUUGCAUAUUCCCAGCGUUUUUGCCGAACGUUUCAGCGAAUUUCGUCGAUUUGCAUUGUCAUUUCGUGAUCCUGUUGCACUUCUCCGGCCAUCGAGACUUCUUGUUGCUGCUGACUUGGAUGACAACAUGUGUUUGACUUCACAGAGUCCACACAAAAAACUUAUGAUCAUACUUUUUGGAUCGGUAAGAUAUGAAUCACCAUUAGUUCUCAGUCACUUUGCAGAUUUCACUGUCAAUGAGAAGUGUGCCGCCUCGAUUGAUUCUGAGUAGUCGAUCCUGCUGUAGUUUCACGGAAUGAG